AUGAGGCACUUGACUGUCGGCGCCGAGCAAUGGGUACCUUGGUUGAGGAUUGAAGAAAAUGGAGAAGACGGGGGACUCGUAUAUUCUGGAAUCAUGUACAACAUCCUUAUUGCUUUGUCUAGGGCAAUGAACUUCACGUAUGAACUGCGUCGCCCCGUGGAUGGCCUGUGGGGGGUGGGGUACCCUAAUGGCACGUGGGUUGGCAUGCUCGGGAUGGUCAAGAGAGGCGAAGUCGACUUUGCUCUGGGGCCUUUCGCAUUCAACUGGGAGCGGUACCACUUUGCCUGUGAGUUCACGCAGCCCAUCUUCAUCGACUACGAGAGCGUGUUCAUGCGCAGACCCCGAGUGGAAACGGACCUGUUCGCGUUUGUCAGGCCGUUCACGUGGCAGGUCUGGCUGUGUCUUAUCGGCGUUAUCCCUCUCACCUGGUUUAUCCUCGUCCUCUUCCUCUACCUGAGUCCGGAUAAUACGAUGGCUACGCAGGAAGACAAGGCAAAGAGGACACGCAAGAAUAUCAGGAAAGAGAAGAAUAAAUCCCACUUGAUUUGGGUGAUUCGAGCUGUCACGAACCAGAGCAACCCUUGGCUUCCCAGGAGUGACAGUCGCCGAGUCAUGGCAGCGACGUGGCUCCUGGCAACUUUGAUUCUCCUUUCCCUCUUCUCUGGCACGCUCAUCGCCAUGCUCACGGUCCCUCUGGUCCGCCUUCCUAUAGACAGCACGGAGGAUCUGGUCAACCAACACGACAUUCCUUGGGCGAUCGAAUCCGGUUCCUUCCUGUAUCAGAUCCUCUAUCAAGCGACUGGGGGAAUCUACAAGGCCUUGUGGGACGGACACUCAGAGAGGAUCACGGACUGCUACAGCUUCCGGGAGGACAUCAAGGGAGGCAAAUAUGCUGCUGUUUGCGACAAGAUGACGAUGAAGAAGGUGAUGUCCGAAGACUACAGCGCAAGCGGGGAGUGCAACUACUACAUGGCUCGGGAGGAUUUCAAGUCCAUGCCUCUCGCCCUCGGCUUCCAGCACAACCACUCGCUCUACGCUGAAGCAAACGAGCAGUAA